GAAAAGAAAAAAACACCUCCCGUAAUCCCAUCUCUCCCCUCGUUUCCCCGUCGCACGCGACCUCAGAGGCGAUGCGGCGGUGUUAGGGUUUGUGCCGCCGCCCCGUCCGCUCCCCCUCCGUUGCCGGCCACAGGCAAUAUCACGCCGCCGCCUGAUUUCUUAUCUCCCUCGCCCCCCAGCCCCCCACGCACACACCCUCCACGCCUCGUCCGCGACCCCUCGGCGACGGCGGCAGGAGGUCACCUCUGCUUCUUCACGACGACCUCCGGAAGCUGCCCGCCAGCCGGCCCCUCCAGCAACCUCCCAUCCGCGCCGGUUCCACCUCUCCCGAGCAAGGUUUUUUUGUAAGAAAAGAAGAAAAUCAUAGAUGGAUAUCAUGCAGACUAGUGAUUCUUCACAUCAUGGAAUUGUAGAGAACAGCCCUUAUACAACUCCCUAUGAUAGACGUGUGGAAGGUGAUCAACUUGGUGCUUCGUGGUAUUUUAGUAGAAAAGAAAUAGAAGAGAAUUCCCUUUCAAGGAGAGAUGGUAUUGAUUUAAAGAAGGAGUCUUACCUUCGCAAGUCAUACUGCACUUUCCUUCAGGAUUUCGGGAUGAGGCUUAAAGUGCCCCAAGUAACAAUUGCUACAGCUAUAGUAUUUUGUCAUCGUUUUUUCCUUCGUCAAUCUCAUGCCAAAAAUGACAGACAGACAAUAGCCACAGUUUGCAUGUUCUUGGCGGGUAAAGUUGAAGAAACACCUAGACCCCUGAAGGAUGUCGUACUCAUCUCUUAUGAGAUCAUCCACAAAAAGGAUCCUGCUGCAGUCGCCCGAAUUAAGCAGAAGGAAGUGUAUGAACAACAGAAGGAACUUCUUUUGAUCGGGGAGCGCCUUGUGCUUGUAACACUUGGUUUUGACAUGAAUGUGCACCACCCUUACAAGCCUUUGGUUGAAGCAAUAAAAAAAUUCAAGGUUGCUCAAAAUGCACUUGCUCAAGUUGCCUGGAAUUUUGUCAAUGAUGGGCUACGCACUUCGCUUUGCCUGCAAUUUAAGCCCCAUCAUAUUGCUGCCGGCGCAAUCUUCCUUGCUGCAAAGUUCCUCAAAGUCAAGCUUCCAGCAGACGGGGAAAAGGUCUGGUGGCAAGAGUUUGAUGUAACUCCACGUCAGUUGGAAGAGGUUAGCAACCAAAUGUUGGAGCUCUACGAGCAGAACCGUGUUGGACCACCACCUUCACAAGGGAAUGACACCGAAGGCAGCUCUGCAAGUGUGGUUAAUCAGCAUGCUCCUGUGAAAUCUGAGGAGCCUCCUGCCCAUGAAACUCAUCAAGCACCUAGACAGUCGAGCGUACCAGGCCGUCAUGGGCAUGACCACCCUCAGCCUGAAAAGCAGAACUCAAACCAGAGGAUACCCAAGAGUGAAGCAAGGGAUGGCACUACCAACAGCAAUGAAGGCACAAAUAUGUCCUCAUCAAUGAUGGAUGCGAUGAAAAAGAUAGAUAAGGAUAAGGUGAAAGCUGCGCUGGAGAAACGGAGGAAGUCGAAAGGCGAUGCUGGUAGGAAAGUGGACGUCAUGGAUGAUGAUGACCUGAUUGAGAGGGAGCUGGAACAUGGCGUGGAGUUGGCUGCCGAGGACGAGAAAAAACACGACAGAAGGCAGAGCUGGCCCCACCCCGCGCACCGGGAGGAUCACCAGAACACGGCUCGCAAGGCGGAGAACACCGAAGAGGGCGAGCUGUCCCUGGAUGGCCAGGAAUACCGCUCUCCUGGCCCCGACAACCGGAAGAGGAAGGACGCGCACGAGCACAGGAGCAAUGACCGCAGCGCCGAGAGAGACAUCAAGAGGCCGAGGCCAUGAGAUGAAGUAUUCAUUGUGGGGGGUGAUCAGCGGUGACGGACUGAGAACUGGUGUUUUGAGCGCCAGUGCGUGAUACCUAGUUUUUGCAUCGCGGGAACAUACAGGUGCUUGUUUGCCUAUGUUGGGAGAUUUGAAAUGUACUGUACUGUAACUUGAAAAGAUGAGGAGUAUGUACAUGUUCAGGUUAUGGAACAUUCGGCAGCAGUUUGGUGUCGAGGAACGAUAGGAAAGAGGCUGCAUGGCCUGCACCCGAAGGCUAUAUAAAUAACUUUUUAAAUACAUGGAUUUGAAGCAAAUUUGGAUUGGGACAUUUAUAUGGAUUUGAAACAAAUUUGAUUGGCACA